ACUGCUCCAGAGCGUACGCCGCGCUGCCCCUUUUUGGCAUGGCAAAGGUCUUCCUGGACGUUGAUAUCGAUGGCGAACUGGCCGCGUUUCAACUGGGUCAAGCCUUUGUCGAGGCCAAUGACAUCAAGUACUCCCUGAGUUCUAAGGACGUCUUAGCCCUGGGCGGCUCCGAAAUCUCGCGACUCCCAGAGCUGUUUGAGGCCGACUACGAGUGGAGUCAAAAAGGCCGAGCCUUGUUUAAGCCUCCCGAGCAGCGAGUGGUCAUCGAGCUCUACGAAAAGGAGAGCCCUAUGGCAUGUGCCAACUUCAAGGCCUUCUGCACGGGCGAGAAGGGAAAGUCCAAGGAAUCCGGGAAGGAGAUGUCGUAUAAGAAUGUGCCAUUUCAUCGGAUCAUCAAGGGCUUCAUGAUGCAGGGUGGCGAUUUUGUGACUCACACCGGAGCUGGUGGUGAAAGCAUCUAUGGAAAGAAGUUCAAGGACGAUGCCGGCGGAUUGAAAUUGAAACAUGACGCCAGAGGCAUUGUGUCCAUGUCCAACACGGGUAAAAACUCGAACACCUGCCAAUUCUUUAUCACCUUCAGCGAUCAGAGUAAGCUGAACGGAAAACAUGUGGUCCUCGGUCGAGUGGUACAGGGCAUGGAGGUCAUUGACCGAGUCGAGUUGGAGACGGGCACCGAAGCAGAGAGCAAACCUCUGAAACCCGUGACGAUCGUCGACUGUGGCAUCCUCUCGUGAGAGUGGCGCUGCCAUUGGGUCCAGCAAGAUCCGUUUGUGAUUUGGAAGGUGAUUCCGGAGAGUUUUCAUGUUUAUGAGGAAGAAUAAAUUGAAUUAAAGCUGCUGAUUAGGCAGUUCUGAAUCUUUGGCAUUUGGGACCUUUUGUUGCCAAUGUCACAUUAGCGGUGCUGCGAAGCUAAAGUCUUUGCAGACUGACGUCAAUUUCGAAGCUGGAGCUGGCACAUCAACGAAAACCUUAGCGCUGGAAAA